CUCUGGUCGUCGUCGUCGCUCCUCGUCAUCCCAUCCACUGCGACACACAGAGGGACAUCAACCUCAGACACCGAUCAUCAACCCAUCAUUUCACACUCUGGACAGCCUCCUCAAACUCUACCUAGUAACCUACAAACAACCACAUAACAGGCAAACACACAUACACAAUAUGGCUGACGAAGGUACCAACGUUGUCCCCGAGGCACAGAAGGCCGGAUGGUCGUCUUUCAUCAAGUCGCUGGCCAGCAUGACCGGCGAUCUCUCGAGCAUGACUGCCCCUCCCUUUAUCCUCUCCCCGACCUCGCUCACCGAGUUCCCCGCUUACUGGGGAGAACGACCCGAGCUCUUUGCCGAUAUCGCUCAAGGCAGGGACGAGCAGGAGAGGGCCGAGAGGGUCUUGAGGUGGUUCAUCUGUACCCUCAAGGGACAGUACACCACCCGUAACGAGAAGAUGGGAUCCGAGAAGAAGCCCCUCAACCCCGUACUGGGAGAGCAAUUCUUUGGAGUCUGGCCCAACGUCAACGGACGGGGGGACACCCACUUGAUCGUCGAGCAGGUCUCUCACCACCCCCCUAUCACCGCCUACCACUUGGAGAACAAGCAGGCUGGUGUCGCGCUCUCGGGUCACUCGGGGCAGAAGACCAGUUUCAGCAGCGGUUCCAUUAUCGUCAAGCAGAACGGACAUGCCACCUUGACCAUCACGCUUCCGAAUGGAAAGAAGGAGAACUACUUGAUCACCCUGCCGAAGUUGCAGAUCCAGGGUUUGAUCUGGGGUUCGCCUUACAUCGAGUUGGCCGACUCGACCGCCAUCUCAAGUGACACCGGUUACGUCGCCACCAUCGAUUACAAGGGGAAGGGAUGGGUUUCGGGCAAGGCCCAUUCGUACAAGGCCACCUUGACGCACAACGGCAAGUCGGUGAAGAGCUACGAAGGAACUUGGACCGGGAUCGGCAAGGUCCACAAGACGGAAGAGGUCUUUACCGACUCGACCGUGCCCAAGACCGAGGUCUCAGUCAAGCCCAUCGAGGAGCAGGGCGAGUGGGAGAGCAGGAGGUUGUGGUCCAAGGUGGCCAACGGGAUCAGGACCGGUGACUACGAUGCCGCCUCGCGAGACAAGAGCAGGAUCGAGAACGAGCAGAGGCAAAUGCGAAAAGACGAAGCCGCCGCCGGAUCGUCUUGGCAGCUCAGGUACUUCCAGCACGUCGACAGCGACCCCGUCUACCGACAGUUGGCCAAGGCCAUCAAGGGUGUACCCGAGGAGGAGGACGCUUACCUGAUCGUUAGGUCGUGAGCUGUAAUCACGGCAGCAACGACGGCGAUGGGGACGUGACGCAGGGCGUGGCAGGAUAGACGGUGAAAUUUCCGUGCUUUUGUGCUUUUUCUCUCGGUGGCGUCUUCUAGGCUCUCUGUUUCCUUGAUUCGAUCACGGGUCAAACGGGGACGAGAGGCAAUAGACGACUCCUCUUUUUCCGUAUCUUGUGCUGCUUUUAUUCGUACGCUUCCUAGCCCCGUUCACUGCCGCUUCGGCUAGGACGUGGAAUAGUGUUUCAUUUCCCGUCGUCUCUCUAUUUCGAGGGCGCUCAAACGUGUAUUUAUGAUACCAUGGAGAAACAAGAUUGAGAAUGCGCAUCUGA